ACCCACCCUUCACCUCCUUCUGGACAUGUUUAUCAUGUCGAUGAGAUGGUCAAGAAAAAUUGAAUAACUCCCGUUUUUUAGUAAUUGCGGAUUGACUGUAGAUAAAUACUCAAUGAAAGUGAUGAAGUGUCAGUGAGAUAAAUGAUGGAGGAAUGAGUAUGUUACAUGGCAGUUGUCUUCGAGAAUUGAAAAUCGAAGACAUGGCUCAGUGCAAGUUAACCCCACGAGAAUUCAUCUGCAAUGCCUUCUCUCCUCAAAUUGGUGCUGUUUGCUCACCCAAUGCUGAAUUAAUCUGCCAGAAGAAUAAUUUAUCAUUCAUCGAAUUGCUCCAACCUUUUUGCAACCUCAAUGCCGAAGGUUACAUCAAGGACCCCCAAGGAACGACAGUGCCGGUCCGGAAUCUGCACCUGUCAAUCCAGGACAUUUACACGCAACCUCCAGAGCCAUCAGUAGCUCGCAAAUUACUAAACGAUUCCGUCACCUCAGAGCAAUGCGAGCGCAGCGCAACCACCACAAUUUCCAACAUAAACUUGGACAUCCCAGUGUCAGUACCCUGGUACGAGUCCUGGAGGGACAUGUUCCUGUCCGUGCAGUUUCCCUCAGAUCAUGAGUUCACAAAGCACUACCUCGCCUGCCUGCUAGUAGUCUCCACUUCCGACGAGAGUCCCCUGGAGAAGCUCCAGCAGAUGGCCUCCCAGUUGCACCAGAGUCCCCCAGGAAAACUCCCUAAAUGGUUCAACAACAAUGCCCUGAGAUACUACAUCCUCCUCCACGACGCGAGUCACGAGCACGAGAAGGAAAAAGCAGAGAAAGUCUUUGCAGAGAUGAAAAAUCUCUACGACAUCAACAAUUGCUUCCUUCUCCAGAUGAACUCUCGUCCUCCAGGACAAGCUGACGAUGUCCUCCACCUGCCAGAUCCCUGGAGUCAAUUCUUGACAAAGCACGCUGACAUCAGCCUCGACCACAGCAGCAGUCCCCGCACCCCAGCAGACACCACUGGUGUUUCCUCAAUGCCAAAUCAAGUAACCAGUGGCCAUGACAAAUCGAGCCAGGCUGGUACACCAGUGGCACCUCAGAACCCCAUCCUUUUAUCUCCAGACAUCACCGACAAGAUCAGCCUUUCCUCCGAGCUCUCAGACCUCCCCAGCCUUCCAGUGGAGCUCGGCCAAGAAGCUGUUCCCGUGACAAUUCACCCUCUCAGCCCAGAGAACGAGAAGCCAAAAUUGCCAGAAACCCUCGAAUCCCUUAAAUCCUCUGGUUCUCCAAUCAACAUAAAUGUCUGGGCAGAUUCUCCCAAUCGACCACCAGCUCACCAUGGUGCUCUUCUCUCAACUCAGGAUCUGGAUAGAAUUCGCACUUUCAUCUCAGAAUUUUGCCUCAAGAGCCUCUUGCCUUACGUGGAGAAGCAGAUUAAUCUGCUGAAUGAUGUGAUCUCUAACAAGAAAGGAGUCAGCAGAUCCCUCUUCAGUGCUACAAAACGUUGGUUCGGCACAAAUAAACCUGGAGCCGCUGGCUCCACCCCUACGAAUGCAGUGAUUUAUACGACUGAAUCCCCCGAGCUCCAGCUGCGUCGUCUAGGGGACCUCUGCUUUAUGUUUGGUCAUUACACUCUGGCUUAUCAAGCUUAUCAUUCUGCGAAAAGGGACUUCGCUGCUGACCAGGCGUGGCUGUACUACGCUGGAGCCCUGGAGAUGGCAGCUCUCAGUGCCUUUAUGCAAGGGGAGAUGACAAGGAAAACUAUCGAGUACAUGGACGAUGCUAUUUUGACGUACUCCAACAGCUGCAAGAUGCCUCAAUUCGCAACAAGGGCCACUCUCCUGUCAUCGGAGUGUCUUAAGGGGGAAAAUCUUCAUGGGGAAGCCGCUAAGCAGCUCAUCCGCAUGACCAGCGAGGACUCUGACCUGAGAUCGGCUCUGCUGCUUGAGCAGGCAGCUUACUGCUUUAUUUCUUCGAAGAUGGUGCACAAGUAUGCCUUCCAUGCUGUCCUCGCUGGCCACAGGUACUCCAAGGCUGGACAGAGGAAACAUUCUCUCAGGUGCUACCAGCAGUCCUACCAGGUUUACAAUGGCCGAGGUUGGUCUCUAGCAGAGGAUCACAUUCAUUUCACCAUUGGGAGGCAAGCUGCAUCCCUGAAGCAAGUGGAAGAGGCAGCAAGGGCCUUCGGUAGAUUACUUAACCCAGCCAGCAGACAGCCUGCCCCUCAACAAGCCGCAUUCCUCAGAGAAUUCCUCCACAUCCACAAUCUUCUGCUGCAGGAGUCAUCCAACUACUCUGGUCUCCCAGUGCUACCUCUCCCUCUCAUCAAUGGAAAUGAGAUAAAAGUUCUGCUCGGUCCUCUCCUCAGCAGCUCAAGCUCUGUGACAGCAGCCAGUGCAGUCUCCUUCGAUCACACCCACGAAGACGACGUAAAAUGGUCAAAACUCGAGGAACACCUCGUGUCCGAGGGCCUUGGAGUUGUCCCCAUGAUCUUCAAGCCCUCAAUCGCUCUUUAUACCGAUAAAACGAAUAAUACCAAUCGUCCCAAUGCUGUCAUCGAUGAACCCAUCCACCUCUCCAUCGAGCUCCACAACCCCCUCCACAUCAGUGUCCCUCUGUCCAAAGUGAAACUCAUCUGGACAUUUGAGAAGGACGGAGAGGUCUUCAACAACGAGACCAUCACUGAGAACAGUUUAUCUGAAUCCAGUUCAGUGGAGACUUCAGUGAUCGAUCACAUCGUACUCCAACCCACGAGCAGACAGAGAAUCAUUCUCAGUUGCACGCCCACUCAGAAGGGUAGUUUGAAGAUUCUGGGGGUCAGCUAUGAUCUCUCUAAUCCAACAAAUGGCGCCGGUCUGCCUGUGGUUAAUCCUUCCAUUCUCAUCCAUGGAAAACGUCUAUUCGAGAUCAAGGGACCGAAGCUGAAGAAUGUUAAAGAAAAACCUGGUGCUGUGAUGUAUGGCAUCGACUACAGACUCGAUAUCAAUGUAGUUGACAAGGCUCCAUUUCUGGGGAUUUACUUCAGCAAAAUAUCACCGGAAAUGUUGUGUGGUGAGAUGCAGAGAAUUGACGUCACCUUCAGGAACAUUGGAAAUGCUCCAUUGAGAAAUAUUCUAGUGGGAUCGAUGAAUCCUGAGCUCUUUUGCUUGGAGAACUCCCAGGAUGGCUGCACCAAAGUCAGAGAUAAUGAGAAGUCUGUCACGAGAAUUGCCCUGCCAUCGACGAGUGAAGGAGUCAUGGGGAUUAAUGAGGAAUUUAGUGUUCCACUGUGGGUACGUGCACCUCACGAAAAGGGCAAUCAUCGUCUGGAUUUACUUUUUUAUUAUGAGAAUCAGGAUGGGAAGAGUAUUCCCAGGUACCGGCUGUGCAGGCACACGUGGCAACUGACUGUUCUCGAUUCAAUUCACAUCCAGACAAUUGUCAGGCAAAGUGGUGUCACCCAGGACGCAUCUCUGACGUCGAAUCUCGUGGUCCAGGUGAAGAACGCCAAUCAGGUCCACGAUCCCUUCAUGCAGGACAUCGAGCUGACGAGAGUUUCAUUGAGAAGUGACACCUGGAGGCUGUCUGACUCACUCGUCAAGGAAUUUCCCCAUCAAAUAAAGCCUCAGGAGACGUGUCAUCUGGUGCUCAAAUUGUGUCGCAGGGAUAAUGAGGAGUUCUUCUCGAAUGUGUCGUUGGGGGGUGGAGGUGAUCCUGAACUUGAGGGGCUUUACGUGGAUUUUGUGAGGAGACAGCAGUUGAAGGGCAUCACUGACAGCAAUCAGAAUCAUCUAAAGGUGGAUGAUUCUCUCGAGGUGUUCGAUGGAAGGGCUGGAGCGACUGUAGUCGUCAGGUGGAGGGCUAAGAUCAUUGAGGGGGCGACCCUGGCUAGAGUAGCUAUUGGCCAUCAUCAUAUUGACAUGAGAUACUUGAAUAAGUUGUAUAAGCAUCCGGAGGAAGUCGUUCAGCCGGAGCAGAGGGAGUACUCGUCGAGGCUCACGAUUUUUGGACCAGACAGGAACGUUCCUGAUGCCAGUGCAACUGCCAAGGAGGAGGAACAGGAGACCAAUUUGGCAAAUUCUCUCACCUUCACAUUAAGUCAUGGGAAGAACCUGCAGCAUGACUUUGGAAAGCAGAGGGUGUUUAUCGUCCCGGUGCUACUGCAUCUGCAAAAUAAUUCCAGGGCCAGGCUCGAUGUCAGGGUUUAUACUUUGGAGAGCAACAGUCAAGCACACUUACCGAGCAUUAAAUCGCAAUUGUAUUCACCACAAGCCUCAACGUUCUUUCGAUAUGCCUGUCACACCUCAAUAAAGUGUCAGGUAGAGGCAUACGGACGUCAAACCAUCAAACUUCAAGCUGUCAUCUCCUCACCUGGAACCUACGAUCUCGCCUCUCGGCUCACACUCGCCGCUAAAAUCAGCCAUUUCGAGGAAUUCGUUACCCAAAAAUGGAGAACUGAAAGUGUUUGUAUCGUGAAUGAUGAACGAUUGUGAGAUGAAUGUUGGAAUGGUGAUAAACACUGAAUCAUUCCCUAGAUCAAUAUUGACGGCUGUACAUAUUUCCAUUAGACGAAUUUUUAAGAGACAGUCUUCAGAAAUUCAAUGGAGAAAAAGUAUUCUUGAAGGAAGUAUUUUUCUUCGGUCAGAACGCAUAUUUUUUUAUUCAAACACGUAAUUGAUUGUAUUUGCUUCCUGCAUCAAUUUCGAGUGAAAAUUUUUGAUUUUAGGUGCAAUAUCUUGAGAUCAUUCCGAUUAAAGAAUGUAUCCUUUAAAAUGCAAAACUGUUUUUGAAUGAAAAAUUAUUUAUUGUCGUAAUCAAGACUUCAAGAAUAUUUUUAUUUCCACAGAGAGUAGAGAUUAUCAAUUUUUCUUGUCAUCGCGGCGAAGUAGUCUUCAUUCGUUACAUUGUCCUCCGAAUGUCUAUUUUUCGUUAUUUAAUACUCGUACAUGCAUUUCAUUUAUUCACUUGUUUGUUUUGAAGUAUAAAUUGUGCCUUUUUUUUCCUGACACAUACA